AUGGAGUUAAUUGCUAAUCACCGUCUUGACAUUCUAUUUGUCUGUGAACCCCGGAUUAGUGGUCAAAAAGCUGUAAAAAUGGUGAAGUCUCUUGGAUUUUCUGGUUUUGAGAUUGUUGACCCGAUUGGGUUUUCUGGGGGUUUAUGGCUGCUUUGGAACGAAACUAAAGUUAAAGUAGAUAUCAUUGGAACAACUGAUCAGGUCAUCUCAGCUUGUAUCACUGAGCAUGGUCAAGCCCCUUGGCUAUUUUCAGCAAUUUAUGCUAAACCUUGUGCUGUGAAAAGAGCAAACCUGUGGGAGUAUCUAUGCUUUGUUGCGGACUGUCACAACUUGCCUUGGAUGUUAGCGGGAGACUUUAAUGAAUUGCUUGCUGCUGAUGAUAAAUUGGGUGGUGUGCAGGUUUCUAGGCUGAGGGGUUUUCGAAAUUGGUUUGAUGCUCACAAUAUGGUGGAUUUAGGCUACUCUGGGCCUAAAUUUACUUGGACAAAUAAAAGAGUUCUUGAAAGGCUUGAUAGAGCAAUAUGUAACUUGCAGUGGAGGGGGCUGUUUGCUGAAGCUAAUGUGAUACAUCUGCCAAGAACCAAAUCUGAUCAUAGCCCCAUAAAAAUUUGUUUGAAGUCCAGUCUUACUACUUCUCCUACUAAUAGGCCCUUCAGAUUUGAAGCAAUGUGGUUGAAACAUGAUGAGUUCAAGGAGUUUAUCACUCAACGGUGGGAGCAAGCAACUGGUGAUGCGUUGAAGAAAUCUUGCUGUUUAAUUGAGCCUCUGAAACAAUGGAAUACUACUGUUUUUGGGCAUCUUCGACAGAAGAAAGCUAUCAUUUUAGCCAGGCUGGCUGGAAUACAGAAAGCUUUGUGUAUAGGGCCAAAUUUGGAUUUGAGCAAUCUUGAAGAUGUUCUGAUUGGGGAGUACAAUGGCAUUCUUGAUCAAGAAGCUUUAUUCUGGCAACAAAAGUCUAGAUUGAAAUGGUUGCAAGAAGGGGAUAGAAAUACCAAAUUUUUUCAUAUGACUACAAUUAUUAGGCGAAGGCGCAAUAAGAUUGAGAGACUGAAGAAUUGUGAUGGGGUAUGGGUGGAAGAUGCUGAUGGUCUUAAAGAGCUGGCAAUCACUUAUUUUUCAGCUCUGUUUUCACAAUCUGUUUCUCUUGACUCCACUCAAGAUAUACCCAACCUUUAUCCUUCUGUUCAGGAGGCUGAUUUGAACUACCUGGUUAAGAGUGUUGAGCUGGUUGAAGUCAAGGAGAGUUUGUUUAAAAUUGGAGGGCUUAAGGCACCAGGUGUGGAUGGGUUCCCUGCCUCCUUUUAUCAGAAGAAUUGGGAUCUCUGUGCUGAUGACAUCUUCGCCAUGGUUCGUACGGCUUUUCAUGAAUGUUCUGUCCCUGAGCAACUCAAUGAUACCCUAAUCACUCUGAUCCCCAAGGUUGAGAACCCCCAAUCCAUGGUGCAGUUCAGACCCAUCAGUCUUUGUUGCACUCUUUAUAAGGUAAUUUCUAAAUUACUGGUUGCUCGAUUAAGGCCUAUGCUGCCUAAAAUCAUCAGUCCUAAUCAGGUUAGUUUCAUCUCUGGAAGACAAAUCACAGAUAACAUCCUCAUUGCUCAGGAAUUGAUGCAUAAGUUCAAAUGUUCUAAGGGUAAGAAGGGCUUCAUUGCCUGGAAAAUUGAUCUAUCUAAAGCCUAUGAUAGAUUAAAUUGGAAGUUUAUUGAAAAGGUCCUUGGUGAAAUAGGCUUGCCCAGUAAUUUCAUCCAGCUGGUUAUGAGUUGUGUUUCUUCUGUCAAAUAUCAAGUUUGUGUUAACGGCGAGCUUUCCCAACCUUUUAUUCCAAAGAAUGGUAUUCGACAAGGAGAUCCCCUAUCUCCCUACCUCUUUGUGGUUUGCAUAGAAAAGCUAUCUCAUAUCAUCUUUGAUGCUAUCAAUAAGGGGAAAUGGAAACCUGUUAAAUCCUCCCAAACUGGGCCUGCUGUAUCGCAUUUGUUUUUUGCUGAUGACUUAAUCCUUUUCGCUGAAGCUAGUAAGCAACAAGCUAGGGUGAUGAAAGGAUGCUUGGAUUUAUUUUGUCAAGCCUCUGGUCAAAUUGUCAACUUUGACAAGUCUGCUGUAUUUUGUUCUCCUAAUACCAGCAGGGCGUUGGCUCAAGAGAUCAGUUUCAUUUGUGGCUCCCCUUCAACAGACAACCUAGGAAAAUACUUGGGGAUGCCCAUCUUGCACUCUAGGGUAACUCGAUCCACUUACAGCAGUUUGCUUAGUAAGGUUCAUUGCAGGCUUGCCAAUUGGAAAAGUAAGUUGCUUUCUUCAGCUGGGAGGGCCACUCUAAUCCAUGCUGUCACAUCUGUUAUUCCCAUAUAUUCUAUGCAGACCAAAAAAUUGCCUGUUAGUAUUUGUGAAGAUUUGGACAGGUUAAAUAGGAACUUCUUCGGGGGAGGAAGUGAUAGGAAGAUGAAAGUCCACCUCUGCCAAUGGAAUCUACUGUGUAGACCUAAAAACAAAGGUGGUUUGGGUUUCAAGAAGGCUAGGGACAUGAAUCAAGCUUUGUUGGCUAAAAUCGGUUGGAGGAUGCACAACAAAGAUAAUGGCUUAUGGGCUCAGAUUUUUGAAAAGAAAUACCUCAAGGGUCAUUCUAUUAUUGAUCCUAAUUUGAAAACAAGAAAUUUGUGCUCCUCAACUUGGAACAGUAUUCUUUUUGGAGCUGAGCUGCUGGCAAAGGGAAUGAUCUGGAGGGUUGGAAAGGGUGAUUUGGCCAAAUUUUGGACAGAUAAAUGGCUAUUUGAUACACCUCUAAUGCAACAUAAUGGGGUGUUGAAUAUCCAAGAUUUGAAUUGCAACGUUGACAACUUUUUUAGGAAUGGUUGGUGGAAUGUGGACCAGCUGAGGAAUGCUCUUUCUGAAGAUUUGGUUCAAAAGAUCACUGCUGUCCCUGUUGGGUUUGGGAACUCUGUACAUGAUGCUCAAAUCUGGGGUAUGUCUUCAAAUGGCUUAUUCUCUGUUAAAUCUGCAUACUCUAUUUUUUUUAGAGAAUUGGGAGAUGUUGAUCCCUUUUGGAAUGACUUGUGGAGAAUGAAAAUCCCUCCCAAAAUUCACAUAUUCAUUUGGUUGGCUUAUCAAGGUAAAAUCUUGUCCAAUGAGCAAAGAACCAAGAGGAAUCUAAAUUCUGAUCCUUCUUGUCAUUUGUGUGGUUGGCAAACUGAAUCCGUUAUUCAUAUUCUUAGGGACUGUCCCAGGGCUAAGAUGGUAUGGAAUUCUGUUGUUAAUUUACAUUCCUCUCCUCACUUCUUCCUAUCUGAGCUAAAACCUUGGUUCCUAGGCAACUUGCUCUCUAAGGUUAAUGGACCUGAUGGUAUUGGUUGGAAUAUUGUUUUUGCCAUUACUUGUUGGUAUAUCUGGAAUUGGCGUAACAAGCAGAUUUUUAACAUUGCAGUGGAUUUUCCUUUUAAUCCUAGGAAAACCAUCUUUACUGCGGUUGUUGAGUGGGUUAAAGCCGCUAUUGGCUCUGGCAAGAAACCUGAUAGAGUACUUGUCUUUUUGGCUUGGGCACCUCCUACAAUUGGUCAACUUAAGCUGAAUGUGGAUGGUUCUAGAAGGGCUGCCACUAAUAUUAUUGGAGCAGGAGGUGUUAUCCGUGACUCCUCAGGUGACUGGAUUGCCGGGUUUGCUGUGAAUUUGGGCCAAGGUCAUAUCUUGGAGGCUGAGGUUUGGGGCCUAUAUUUUGGGCUAAAACUUGCUGUUGAAAAAGGUGUCACUAACCUUGCUAUUGAAAUGGAUGCUGCUGUUGCUGUCUCACUUGUUCAACAAAUCAAUUCAUUGCAAUGCCAUCCUCUUGCUGCUUUGGUGCAUAGUUGUUGUGAUCUCAUGCGACAAAUUGGAACUUGUCACCUUGUCCACAUUUACAGGGAAAAGAAUUGUGUUGCCGAUUGUUUGGCAAACUGGAGUUAUAAUCUGGAUUUGGGAAUUUGCUUCUUUGAUGAGGCUCCUGUCUGGGUUAGCUAUCUGUUGAUGGAUGACUUACUUGGUCUUGCUAGGCCUCGACUCAUGUGCGGGGCUUAG